AUGGAGAGAGCCGUUUUUCUUCGUUCUCUUUCCACUACAACCGCACUCUCUUGUUCUCGAUUCUUUUCUCGCUCUUCUCACCGACUUGCUUCCAUCUCUUCCAAACGGCACCGUUUACUGUCCAACCUCCAAAGACGCUCUCUUUUUCGCAACCAUGUGAGACUCAUCUCCACCGCAUCGCCGCCUUCAAUCUACCUGAAAGGACACUUCUGCGCUCUAUCCACUCGAGCUAUUGCCACCUCUUCGCCACAAUCCUCUCCCGAUUUUCUUGGGGCUCAUGAUGAUGUUGCCGAGAAGUUUGGGUUCGACAAAGUUUCGGAGCAGUUCAUUGAGGAGUGUAAAUCGAGAGCUGUUUUGUAUAAGCAUAAAAAGACCGGUGCCGAAGUCAUGUCGGUAUCGAAUGAGGACGAAAACAAAGUCUUUGGCAUUGUUCUUCGAACUCCUCCGAAAGAUUCCACUGGAAUUCCUCACAUAUUGGAACACAGCGUUUUGUGUGGUUCGAGAAAGUAUCCACUGAAAGAACCAUUUGUUGAACUAUUGAAAGGGAGCUUGCACACCUUUUUAAAUGCAUUCACAUAUCCUGAUAGGACUUGCUAUCCUGUUGCUUCCACAAAUAUGAAGGAUUUCUAUAACUUGGUCGAUGUGUACUUGGAUGCCGUCUUCUUCCCUAAAUGCGUGGAGGACUUCCAGACUUUUCAACAAGAGGGGUGGCAUUAUGAACUGAAUGACCCUUCAGAGGAUAUAACUUAUAAAGGUGUUGUUUUCAAUGAGAUGAAAGGUGUUUACUCCCAGCCUGAUAACAUAUUAGGUCGAACCUCUCAACAGGCUCUUUUUCCAGACAAUACUUAUGGUGUUGAUAGUGGAGGUGAUCCACAAGUUAUUCCCAAGCUCACUUUUGAGGAAUUCAAGGAGUUCCACCGUAAAUAUUACCAUCCCAGUAAUGCCAGGAUAUGGUUUUAUGGAGAUGAUGAUCCAAAUGAGCGCCUGCGCAUCUUGAGUGAAUAUCUAGAUAUGUUUGAUGCAAGCUCAGCUCCCAAUGAAUCAAGAGUUGAACACCAGAAACUAUUUUCUGAACCAGUCAAGAUUGUUGAGAAAUAUCCUGCUGCUGAAGGUGGUGACUUGAAAAAGAAGCACAUGGUGUGCCUCAAUUGGUUGCUAUCUGAUAAGCCACUAGACUUGGAAACUGAGCUUGCUUUGGGGUUUUUGGAUCAUUUAAUGUUGGGAACUCCUGCUUCUCCCUUGAGGAAAAUCCUGCUGGAAAGUGGUUUGGGAGAUGCCAUUGUUGGGGGCGGGAUUGAGGAUGAGCUCCUUCAGCCCCAGUUUAGCAUUGGUUUGAAGAAUGUUUCUGAAGAAAACAUUCAAAAGGUAGAAGAAUUAGUCAUGAAUACACUGAAAAAGUUGGCAGAGGAAGGUUUUGAUUCAAAUGCUGUAGAGGCAUCAAUGAAUACCAUUGAGUUCUCUCUCCGAGAAAACAAUACUGGGUCAUUCCCUCGUGGUUUAGCCCUGAUGCUUCGCUCCAUCGGGAAAUGGGUAUAUGAUAUGGAUCCAUUUGAACCAUUGAAAUAUCAAAGACCACUGAUGACUCUGAAAGCCAGAAUAGCGGAGGAAGGCUCCAAAGCUGUUUUUGCUCCUUUAAUAGAGAACUUCAUCCUCAAUAAUCCUCACCGUGUAACCAUUGAAAUGCAGCCUGAUCCAGAGAAGGCUACUACUGAUGAAGCUGUUGAGAGAGAAGUUCUGGAUAAAGUUAAAGCAAGUAUGACUGAAGAAGAUCUUGCUGAGCUGGCACGUGCUACUCAUGAGUUAAAGUUGAAACAGGAAACUCCUGACCCACCAGAAGCCCUAAAAAGUGUUCCAAGCCUCUCUCUGCAAGACAUUCCUAAAAAACCUAUAUAUGUUCCCAUUGAGGUUGGUGAUAUCAAUGGGAUAAAGGUUUUGCGGCAUGACCUCUUCACAAAUGAUGUUCUGUAUUCUGAAGUUGUGUUUGAUAUGAGUUCAUUGAAGCAAGAACUUCUUCCUUUGGUACCACUCUUUUGCCAAUCAUUGCUGGAGAUGGGUACAAAAGAUAUGGAUUUUGUACAACUCAAUCAGUUGAUUGGAAGGAAAACUGGAGGAAUUUCAGUAUAUCCGUCCACUUCUUCAGUGCGUGGCAAGGAGCAUCCAUCCAGCCAUCUAAUUGUUCGAGGCAAAGCGAUGUCUGACCGUGCUGAAGAUCUAUUUAACCUGGGCUUGUCAAGUGUGGUAUUUCAUGUGGGGGUCAACUGCAUCCUUCAAGAAGUCCAAUUUACUGACCAAAAGCGUUUUAAACAGUUCGUUUCUCAAAGCAAAGCAAGAAUGGAGAACCGAAUCAGAGGAAGUGGUCAUGGCAUUGCAGCUGCGAGGAUGGAUGCAAAGUUAAACACUGCAGGGUGGAUCUCUGAACAAAUGGGUGGUGUAAGUUACCUGGAAUUUCUACGAGCACUUGAAGAAAAAGUAGAUCAGAACUGGGAUGAAAUCUCUGCCUCCCUAGAGAAUAUCCGACAAUCUUUAAUUUCAAGGAAAGGUUGCCUAAUAAAUCUAACUGCAGAUGGAAAAAACCUUACAAACUCAGAAAAAUAUGUUGGCAAAUUUCUGGAUUUGCUUCCAAGCACUUCCACGGUUGAAUCAUCUAGUUGGACUGCUCGGCUUCCUCCAAUAAAUGAAGCUAUUGUUAUACCUACUCAGGUAAAUUAUGUUGGGAAAGCAGCUAACAUAUAUGAGACUGGUUACCAGCUUAGAGGGAGUGCAUAUGUUAUUUCUAAAUACAUUAGUAAUACAUGGUUGUGGGAUCGGGUACGAGUUAGUGGUGGGGCUUAUGGAGGCUUCUGUGAUUUUGAUACUCACUCAGGAGUAUUCUCAUUCUUAUCAUAUCGUGAUCCCAAUUUAUUGAAAACACUUGGUGUAUAUGACGGAACUGGUGGAUUCCUCCGAGAAUUGGAAAUGGAUGAUGAUACUCUUACAAAAGCAAUUAUAGGGACUAUCGGAGAUGUAGAUGCAUACCAGCUACCUGAUGCCAAAGGAUAUAGUAGGUUAGUUGGCAUUCUUCAUUGA